AUGAAUGGUGGUAGCAACGCUGAAUUGGCUUCUACUCUUAGCCCUAGGAGAUCAAAUAUAAACGAAAAACGUGUUUCUUUUGAUAUCGAAGAUGAUUUUGAUGGAGGAUUGAAGGACUCAAAUAAUGAUUAUGUUGAUAAACAUAAACCUAGCUUUUCAAGCUCCAAGAACCCCAUUGUCAUUGCUGAUAUACUCAAGACAUUAUUCCUCAUACUUGUAUGGUACACCUUCAGUACAUUCUUGACAUUGUAUAAUAAAACACUAUUGGGAGAUGAUAUGGGGAGAUUUCCUGCUCCUUUAUUGAUGAACACAAUUCAUUUUGCAAUGCAAGCUGUUUUCUCAAGGGCUAUCACAUACUUUUGGUCCCAAAGAUUCGAACCAACUGUAACUAUGUCAUGGAAGGACUAUUUUAUGAGAGUUGUACCAACAGCUCUUGGAACAGCACUUGAUAUCAAUUUGAGCAAUGCAUCACUUGUUUUCAUCUCUGUUACAUUUGCUACCAUGUGUAAAUCUGCUGCUCCUAUAUUUCUCCUGAUAUUUGCUUUUGCAUUCAGGCUGGAGUCUCCAAGCUUUAAACUUUUAGGUAUCAUGUUGGUGAUAUCAUCUGGAAUUUUAUUAACAGUUGCAAGAGAGACCGAAUUUGAUUUAUGGGGUUUCAUUUUUGUGAUGCUUGCUGCUGUUAUGUCUGGUUUUCGUUGGAGCAUGACUCAAAUCCUCCUUCAGAAAGAGGCCUAUGGUUUGAAGAAUCCGUUGACCUUAAUGAGCUAUGUAACUCCUGUAAUGGCCCUAUUAACAGCUUUGCUAUCUCUUAUUUUGGAUCCAUGGGAUGAAUUUAGAAGUAGCACUUAUUUUGACACCUCAGGGCAUAUCAUCAGGAGUUGCUUCCUCAUGCUUUUUGGGGGGAUGCUUGCCUUUUUCAUGGUAUUAACAGAGUACAUCCUUGUUUCAGUAACAAGUGCAGUAACAGUGACAAUAGCUGGGGUUGUAAAGGAAGCUGUCACUAUACUGGUGGCAGUGUUUUACUUUCAUGAUGAAUUUACAUGGCUGAAAGGAGCUGGUCUCGUGACCAUAAUGUUUGGUGUGAGUCUAUUCAAUUGGUACAAGUAUCAGAAGUUGCACAAAGAUAAAUCAGAUAUAGGUGAGUCUGAAACUGCAGUCCCUGCAAAAUACGUUAUCCUUGAGGAGAUUAAUGAUGAGGAGGAAACGAUCCCGUGAUCGCUGGUCCAUCAUAAGUAAGAGGUUGAUGUAUGGAAUCACAAAAAGUAGGUCUAGAUAAUUAAGUAAGUGUACAAAGUUCCACUAUGAUUCCGGAUAAUCUUGAUGAAGAUUAAGGAAGUUAUCUGAUGAUUGUAACUUGUAAGUGUACACUAAUAUACCAUCACCCUUGUAUUUCAUUCAGGGAGAAACAAAACCAUACGUAUUGUCAUCAUUUUACAUGUUUUGGGCUCUACCAAUUUUGAAAUUCAAUAGAGUUUUCCCG